CACACGAGUACCUUGACCUUGACCAGCAUUGACCUUGACCAAAAGGGCGGCGAUGGAUUUCAAGUGCCCUCUUUGUGACUCCUUCUUCGCAGCACAAGAGGAUCUCGCUGGCCACGUGAAGGAUUUGCAUACCGCGUAUUACUAUGAUACUUACAUGGCCAUACCGCUGGUUUUAAACGAUGCGGCCACCAUCGGUACAACGGCCACGGUGAUUACGACUGCUCCGACACCGGGUGGAACCGACACAGUGCUGGUAGUUGAUGACGGUGGUUGUUGUUGUUGUUGUGGCUGUUUCGACGGUUGCUGUGACGACGGAAGACGCGCAAAUCCCGGCAACGGUGGUGAUUGCGAUUGUGACUGCGACUGUUGCGAUUGUGGCGAUUGUGGCGAUUGCAACUGUGACUGUGAUUGUGGGGACUGUUCUAUAAUGUGACCCAACCGCUUCCGGUGCCUCUUACUCAUCGGAGACAUUGAUCGGAGAUAGCGUAAACCUGCUCCGGGAAGCAUCCAAGCGUCCACGUCCCAACUUCCAGUUUUACUGUUGCCCAGUAGAACACUGAAUUGUAUGCACCAAAAGCCCGUCCAAUUCUUACAAUUAGUCUCUAUUGCUGGACGUGUGGUCAACGGGCUUAAGAGUGGAAACUGCCAAACCGUUAUGGUUGUUUGUUAAGAUAUUCGUCGAAUGAUUAAGGAGAGCAACUGAUUACAAAAAUACUCUUCCAUCCCAGUGCAGUGAUGCAUUUCAUAGACGUACGAAGGAGUUUUUUCUCCAACGUUAAUAUGUUCCCCGUAGAAUGAACUGGAUUUGUAAUAGCUAGAUGAAAGAUUUACAUCUUGUUUGCAUCGUGUUUGUAGGUGUAUUAUAUUUCUAAAUUAAGUUUUCCGCAUUUUACACUU